AUGCCUCCGCUCUAUUCUACGAUAAGUAGCGAUGACGACGAUGACAAAUCCAACAACCUUCACUACCCCGUCAUAAGACGGACGACCUUGAGGUCGUCGCCAAAUGGAGACGUCCUUGUCUCGCGGCGGGUGAAUCAACGCUCCUCUAUCACGGUCCAAGUCAGUAGGACUAUUACUGAAAAGGACAAUGAGGACGACACCGACUCCGGGUCUGAGUCUACAUCUACAUCUGAUGAUGAACGCAUCGAUAAAGAGGAGGAAGAGCUAGACAUCGACACCCCAAACAAGGGACCUAUGACGCGUUCGAGAUCUCGAACGGAAACAACAGAAAGCCCCGUCGACAUCAACGGUGGUAUUGACGACGAUCUCCUGGCGUUGGCUCGCAAAUUGAAAGUGGCCGAAUCUCGCAACAAUCUUGAGCAAUUAUACCCACCGCAGUUUCGGGAGUCUUCCAUACCGCCGUAUAUCCCUGAACACGUCAUUCUAGACGAAUUUGCGGCAACAGAAGAUCACUCCCAGUUAGCUGAGGAAGAAGAUCUCUUCAAUGAAUUCGUCUUACAGGACUUUCACGUCUACCGUGCUCCGGGGCAUGCCAAAAAGGGAUUUGACGGCAAGUACGAGUCGUUGUCGACAGUUGCAUCUGAAAAAAAUCAGUCUCACUGGCUCAUCGACGGCUUUCUCGAACACAAUGGUACUCGACGACGGCUUUUCGCAGCACAGAUCGUCCGUGUCAAUAUAGGUGGGCUGGAGGACCUCCAGCAAGCUUCCACCGAGAUCUGGGUUCGAACACAAGAGGGCAGAUCCAAGGAUUAUUGGUAUCGCCUUCGGCGUCCCUCCUCGGACUAUCAAUCAUACUGGACACGCUUCGUGUGGCUUGCCAACUUUUUCAAGUACUUUGUCGAUUUCCUUCAUGUCCAUAGUGAAGGUGUGUCACUGCACGACUUCAAGUCUAAGUUCCGCAGUUGGUUACAGCGCUUGCAUGGCGACAAUGUAAAUCAUUGGCAGAGUCAGUGUGACUUUCGUGAGGAUUUUACCCACGACGUGAUACGCCACUGUCAAUUCAUUCGAGACCAAACUUACCGGGCGUACAAGAAGGACUUAUCUCAGCUGGAGGCCAUAAUGAGUCAUCCGAUCUGGGAAGAAAUUGGCGUUGGCCAGUUCAGCUACAACGAAGUGAUCAGAGCGGAAGAGGAGAAGACUACUGUGACAGCUAACGUCGCUCACUUGUUCCUGAAGGCAUCUCCACAUUGGCAAACUCAGUUUGAGCUUCUUGAGGUUGUGCAGAUAUGUCCACAAGUUGAAUCAGUCAGACAAGAGAGGGCGAGGAAGUGGAAUUUCGCUCAAAAGCUGGCUUACGAUCAGACGUACAAUUUCGUCCGCUCCGGCAAAGACAAGAUUUCGAGAGCUGAAUAUCUACUUGAAAACGCCGAAGGCCACCGCCCUGUGCCAGUUCGAUUGGUUGAUAACUUGCUGAGAAAAAUUGUUAUCAUCAAGUUGGACGACGUCAGUCACAGCGAGAAGUAUAGGUAUGCUUGGGUCAGGUCCGCGUCGAGGUCUACUAAGACUAUCGGCGUGGUUUGGCUUGUAUUACCCUCUGAAGCCGUUUGUUGCUCGUUCACAGGAAAGGUCUUCUACCCGAUUGGCGAUGAGCUUAUCUUCUCUGACAAAUGCAACUGUGACGAAAUUCAUAUCGAAAAUGUUGUGGACGUUAUUGAUGCUUCUGUGUUCACCGAUCAUGCGGAAGAUGGCUCUCAAUUGUUCGUCCAAUGUCUCUAUAAAGAGGGCGAGGAAGCGAUUGUCAAUGCAAAUGAAGAAGACCUCGCAUGUCGAUGUCGUAGCACCAGAAAAAGAAAUCAGGUCCAAACGCCUCGGCCGCCAUCAAGCAUGCAUCUCCCGAAAAUGCAGACUCUGUCUUUAUUCUCGGGCUGUGGUCUCUUCGACUAUGCUUUCAAAGCUACUGGCUUUGUUGAAAUCGUUCUUGGUAUAGAUUGUUUCGAGAUGGCUAUCCGAAGUCACCAAGCUAAUGAGAACGACCCAAGCAAAAAGACGCGAUAUAAGAUUGGGUCCGUUUGCGAAUGGCUGUCGAAGUUCGCGUCAGGGCAAGAACCUAUGAUCAGUAUUGACUGCAUUAUAGCAGGCUGUCCCUGUCAAGGCUUUAGCACUGCGAACCACCAUAAGCAUGAGCGCAAGGGGCAAAAGAAUUGUUCUUUACUUGCCAACCUCUUGUCCUGGAUCGAGAUUUUCAUGCCGGCGUAUGUGGCCAUCGAAAACGUACCAGCCAUGGACAGUCCACAGUCUAGUGCAUGCUCGCAUGCGAUUACCCACUUGGUUUCGCUGGGCUAUCAAGUGCGAAAGGAUGUUUACAAGGUGUCCGACCUUGGUGGAGCUACUCAUCGGAAGAGGCUGAUUAUCGUCGCUGCUGCUCCAGGUGCGAUUCUGCCUGAUGCUAUACCCAGAACGCAUGGUAGAGGGCUGGCACCGGUUAGAACGGCGGAGGCGGUGAUGCGCCAUCUACCGCCUCUACAUAACGAUACGAUCCUCAACAUUCAGAAUCCGAAUCACAUACCCAUUGAUCGACUCGCCGUCGAUCUUGAUAACGAAGUCUCUCGAUUGAAAAUCGUGCAACAAAUACCCACUCGACCAGGUGGGACGUCAUUGAUGACGGCUUACAACCAGGGACUAUUUUCUCGAUCUGAACGGAGAUGGAUACGUAGCUUAAAUGAGACACAGCAGGCGAAAGGCUCAAAAUCCUUCAAACGAAUCAACCCGGAUAAACCCUUCCAGACGAUCACCACAAAAGUUAAUCUGCUUUGCAGUAAAAUGGGACAGUUGCUACAUCCCUUUGAGCAUCGCGCGCUGUCGCUCCAGGAAAUCCGCCUUGCAUUCGGCGUCCCUGAUUCGUUCCUACUGGUUGGCAAGGUGGCCGACCAAGUCAAAAUGCUCGGAAACAGCGUGCCCUGGAAUCUGGGUGCUUCGGUCGGUCGCCAAAUCGGUCGAUGCUGGUCGGCUAGUCUCCAGAAGAGAGGGAACGGUGGCACCGCUGCAGUCAACGUCAAGAAAGAGCCGGCCGUUACAGGGCAAAAGAUCAGCGUUGUGAUUCCAAAAACUGCGCCGCGGCGGCGUGCGAGACCAGUGAUCGAGGAUGAGAGUGAUGGUGACAGCGAGUCAUCAGUUGAAUACCUUGGGACGAGACUCGCAAAGAAACCGCGUGCAGAUUGA